UUCUUGGGCUGUGUUCUUGCUUGCGGAAUCUUCUACGAAUAAUUUCUACGAGAGCGUCCAGAUAACGUGGGAGUGACUCACCAUGGCGAAUUCACCUGUAGCCGUCGUCUGCGUCGGCAUGGCAGGCUCAGGAAAGACGACUUUUAUGCAGAGAAUUAACUCACACCUUCAUUCGAAGAAGCAGCCUCCCUACGUCUUGAACCUCGACCCUGCGGUCCACACAGUUCCUUUCGAAAGCAACAUCGAUAUCCGCGAUGCCAUCAAUUACAAAGAAGUCAUGAAACAGUAUAACCUUGGGCCUAAUGGAGGUAUCCUGACAUCACUCAAUCUGUAUGCCACCAAGGUUGAUCAGAUCAUCGCUUUGCUUGAAAAGCGCGCUGCUCCCAAUCCUGAGAACCCCGCCGCAAAGCCGAUCAAACACUUCCUGGUCGAUACUCCCGGGCAAAUCGAGGUCUUCGUGUGGAGUGCGUCCGGAAGCAUCUUGCUUGAGACACUGGCCUCAUCGUUCCCUACCGUGAUCGCCUACAUCAUUGAUACGCCCCGCACGAGCUCCACCAGCACCUUCAUGAGCAACAUGCUCUACGCCUGCAGUAUUUUGUACAAGACGAAGCUACCAAUGAUCUUGGUCUUUAAUAAGACAGAUGUUCAGGAUGCGGAGUUUGCCAAGGAGUGGAUGACCGACUUUGAUGCGUUCCAGCAGGCGCUGCGGGAAGAAGAGGAGUCGGGUCAAUUUGGAGGCGAAGGAGGAGCAGGAGGCAUGGGCGGAAGCGGCUACAUGGGAUCUCUCCUCAACAGUAUGAGCCUUAUGCUAGAGGAGUUUUAUCGACAUCUCAACGUCGUGGGUGUGAGCGCGAUGACAGGCGAGGGCGUUGACGAGUUUUUCGAGGCGGUCGAGGAGAAGCGCAAGGAAUUCGAAAGGGACUACAAACCAGAACUUGAGCGUUUGAAGAAAGAGCGUGAAGAGGCGCAGGCGAAGCAGCGAGAAAUUGAGCUUGGGAAGCUGAUGAAGGAUAUGAAUCUGUCUAGCUCCAAGGCCAAGGAGGAGCCUGAGACAGUUAGCGAAGCCGAAGAAGAGGAAGACGAACGAGUUGCAGCGAUGGGGAGAGCCUAUGAUCCUGAUUCGGACAGUGACGAGGAUUAUCCACCUCCGGCUGGUGACGACGAAGGACUCAGCCAGCGGUAUCAGAGUGCACUGGCAGACUCGAGAAGUGGGCCCUCAAAUGAAGACGCGAGCUUCAUGCGAUAUUUACAGCAGAGCAAUCUCAACGGGUAG